AUGGCAGUGUCACUUGAGGAGCUGCUCGAAAUGUGCGGACAAGGUGGAACAACGUCGGGGCUAACGUUCAAGCGCAACAAGUGUGGGGUCCUCAGAGCAGAGAGGAAGCCACUGGAUCCCCAAACGCCAAAGGUUUCCUCAACCCGAGUGACGCUCCAGGGCCAGAAAAUCCAGACUGAGGAUAUUCAGUCGAAACGAGACUGCGCGGGCGUCGUGGAGGAUGGUAGUGAUACCAGUACUUACAGUCACAACGUCGUGCAGUGGCUUUGGCGUGCACACGGAAUCACUUUGAUGGGAAGCAGCGAGGUGUGUGUCACCCAAGGCUUAGGGCACACCGAGACGCCGCAAGUGACUGUGUGCGGAGUAACCUCGAUCACGACGCUCUUCGCUGGCACCACGGUAAUAUAUAAGCUGGCCAGAAAGAUGAUCCAAAGUGGGAUUCGGCUUCCUAGCGUGAAGAACGUUCUCGUCGUCGCCAGUCGCGUAACAGAAAAGGCCGCAGAAACUAUCUCAUCUGCAUUCUCCCUAAAAAGCUUCAGGAGCAUGUACGGGACGACAGAACACUCGAACGUGAUCUCCUGGCUGCCGCGCGACACAACAGAGCACAAAACAAUCGGGUUCCCGGCUCCAAACGUGCAAAUGAAGAUCGUUGAACUUGACACUGGAAAAGUACUUGGACCUAACGAGCACGGAGAACUCUGGGCCAAGUCACCCACCAAUAUGAGAGCCUACCACAACAACCCUGAGGCGACUGUCGAAGUGAUUACUUCCGAUGCCUGGCUCCGAUCAGGAGACAUUGCAUACUACGAUGAAACCGGGCGCUUUUACAUCGUGGAGCGAAUGAAGCAAUUUUAUCACUGUAUGGGACGGCAAGUUGCCCAGUCAGAUGUCGAAACUGUUUUGUUGACUCAUGAGAGCGUCGAGGAAGCAGCAGUUAUUAGUCUGCCCCACGUGGAAUAUGGCGACGUGGGAAAGGCCUUCGUAGUCGUGAAACCAUGUCACAAAGGACCUCGAGGAACCACAGCCGAGGAAUUGCAGCAGUUUGUCGCAGGUACCGUCAGGAAAAUACUGACGUAA